UUUUAGCUGAGACAGUUGAUGCCGUCAUGAUUUUAGAAUAAAUUCUUAAGUAAAUGCAAGUGCUUUUUAAGAGACUUUUUGCAAAUUUCUAUGCUUUCCUUAAAGCAUUAAAGUUAUGAAUUAAAAAGCUUUAAAACUUUGACCAAAAAUUUGACAAAAUGACAUGUAAACUGACUUCCAGUAUUAGUUGGAAGAUGCUUAAAAGUGGCUGUGGCAUUUGUAAGAAAGUCUUUGUGUCACAUUUCAGGAAAGGACUUUGAUUUCUCUGUUACUUAAUCACUCAUGUGGUCUAAACCCACGAUGAUAUGUAUCUUUCCUUUUAAACUGGAUUUUAUAUUGUCUCAUUAAAAUCUGCUUAAAAGACAAUAAAGUAAUGCAUUAUUUGUACAUCUUAAGUGGUACUUUAUGGCAAACAGAGUAUGGUUUAAGUAAUUUUCAGAUAGUAACUGCAUAAAUACAGAGUUUAUAAGACUUGGGCAUUUGGGAACUUUAAUCCAGAAAAUUUAGGAGUUGUUGGCCCAGAGAUGUAGUUGACAGUCACAUUUUAGAAGAUUACACCACUGUAACUAUAUGAAUGAGAAAAGUGAAGUGGUUGUACAGUUUCUGUCAGUCUUUGUUUAACAUAGGUUUUCAGGUUGAUGUAUACUAUGGCUAGGCACUGUUGUAGGUACUAGUAAAAGCUUUAAAAAAAAUGAAGUUUUUUUUCCAGGGAGCUUACAUUCUAGUUACUAUUUUUAAUGCCCUGUUAUACCCCAUAUGGAACACAGGGAAAGUAAGGAAAUAAUCUUUGCAAUUUUUAGGCUCGGCUAUUUGUUUUUUAACUUUUUAAAGAGAGGCCUUGCUGUGCUAACCCAGGGUGGAUGUAACUCCCAGGCUCAAAGCAAUGCUCCAGCUUCAGCCUCCCUAGCAGCCAAACUACACGGGCGCCACCCACUCCAGGUUCAGAUAUAUUCUUGGUUUCUCUUUUAUAUGGCAGUUAGCAAAGGCCACUUCUGAUGAAAGGACGGGUAUAUGUGGUGAGCGCAAACGCACAUCGAACCUAUAGGUUAAAUGGAGCUGGAGCGGAUCGCUGCAGGCAGGGGCGGGGCCUCGGUGCCCCUCCACCGGCAGGGCGGCACUCGCGCGGGGAGAUGCAAUGCCACUCAGUUGUGAAAUCUGCAGUGCUAGCAGUAGAAACUCGGAGGACGCGCGGUCCGGCCAGGUUGCUUCCUCGAGGUCCUCCAGUCCCGCCUCGACCCUUCCUGUCUCUUCCCUGCCGCCGUGCGUGCCUCGGGGGGCGGGGACUAACGUCGUGACGCACCGCGACCGCGUUGCGCCGCGGGUUUGAACGCUGUUCCCGGGGAGACCGGUGCCGGAGCGGUGCGCUAUGGAGCCGAAGGUCGUCAAACCACCGGGGCAGGAUUUCGUAGUGGAGCGUCUCAAAUGCCGCUACGGACUCGGAGGCAGCUGCCCCGAGGAGUAUGAUUUUUCAAAUUUUGAUUGGUCUAAAUGUAAGAGAAGAUCUCUAACCUCCCCAGAUGAUUUGGAUGUCUGCUCCUCUGGAGAUAAAGUUGGUUCGUCAUUAAAAUAUUAUUCUGAUGAAAGCAAGCAUUGUAGAAAACCAUUUUGCAGUUCAUUCAAGCAUAUAAAUGUGAAUUGCCUAGGUGAUGAACUGGAUUCUUUCCGUUAUUUGAAGAAACAGGAAAGAGAAGAAAAGUUAAUUGAGAAUGAUCAUAGAGUUAGUACCUCCAAAAUAUCUAAGCAGUCUUUUAAAGAAAUAGAAAAAGCUAAUAUGCCCUUGCCCUGCCACUCAUCAAGACCUCAGACUGAGUGUUGUAGUGAUGCAAGUGACUCUCCUUUGAAACUUGUCAGCUGUCCAAAAUCUAAAGCAUCAGACAAGCAGAGUUUACUUCCACAUCAUAUCAGUGAGAUAUAUGACGAAUUAUGUCAGAUACAUCUGAAACUGCAGUGUGAAACUGCAGCACAACAGAAAUUUGCUGAGGAACUUCAAAAGCGAGAACAUUUUUUACUUGAAAGAGAACAACUGCUUUUCAGACAUGAAAAUGCCUUGAGUAAAAUUAAAGGUGUCGAAGAAGAAGUUAUAACAAGAUUUCAAAUUAUAAAAGAGCAACAUGAUGCAGAAGUUGAACACUUAACCGAAGUUCUUAAGGAAAAGAAUAGAGAAACUAAGAGACUGAGGUCCUCUUUUGAUGCAUUGAAAGAAUUGAAUGAUACCUUAAAAAAACAGUUAAAUGAAGCAAGUGAAGAAAACAGGAAGAUGGAGAUUCAGGCUAAAAGAGUUCAAGCUCGUUUAGAUAAUUUACAGUCUGGCCCGUCUGCUGUAGGACUGCUGAAGUCCACUCCAGGCUCUGCUUGCCUGGGGAUCACCUGCAGCAGCUACAGAACAGUAAGGAGGAAGCAUGAGUUUAUGACAACACAGAGAUUAAAAGCAAGUCCCCAUGCUGUUCAUGAAAUGAAAAGUUUAAAACAAGAAAAAGCACCAGUUUCAAAAACUUACAAGGUACCACUUAAUGGGCAAGUUUAUGAACUUUUAACCGUCUUCAUGGACUGGAUUUCGGAUCAUCAUCUUAGCAAAGUGAAACAUGAAGAAUCUGGAAUGGAUGAUAAAAAACCACAACUCAAAUUUGCUUCCCAGAGAAAUGAUAUUCAGGAAAAGUGUGUAAAGCUUUUGCCUCUGAUGACAGAGCAGCUACAGUGGAUCCCAUGUGUGAAUACCAAACUUCACGAGCCUUUUGUAAAAUUUAUAUAUUGGUCCCUGAGGCAGCUAGAUGCUGGAGCACAGCACUCAACUAUGACAUCAACACUGAGGAGACUGGGUGAAGACAUUUUCAAAGGAGUGGUAACUAAAGGGAUACAGGAUAGUUCUUUAGAGCAUUCUGUGGAGAAUAAACCAAAGGCAGUUGCUUUCUUUAAGAGCUCCAAUUUGCCAUUGAGAUUUUUAUCAACCUUAAUUGUUCUCAAAACAGUCACUCGAGCUGAUUACCUGGCUCAGGCAUUUGAUUCUCUUUGUUUGGACUUGAAGACAGAAGAAGGAAAAACCUUGUUUUUAGAGUAUCAAGCUGUUCCAGUAAUAUUGAGUCAUCUAAGAAUAUCCAGUAAAGGACUCCUGUCUAAUGUUAUUGAUAGUUUGCUCCAGAUGACGGUGGAAUCUAAAUCCUUGCAGCCUUUCCUGGAAGCCUGCAGCAACUCUUCAUUUUUUCGUACUUGCUCUGUGCUCCUUCGAGCCCCUAAGCUUGAUCUUCAGAUACUUGAAAAACUCAGUGUUAUUUUACAGAAACUUUCCAAAAUCAAGAGUAAUAAGAAGCUCUUUGAACUUUUUACGAUUCAUCUGAUGCUUCAAGAAAUACAAAGGACAACCAACCCGGAGCAUGCCUUUCUCUGUAUUAAUCUAAAUUCAACUCUGUUCAAUUUGGGUUUAACAAAAUGUAAUUCCCUGGUCUCCAGUGCAAGCCAUUAGACUGGCUUAUUUUUUAAUACAGUAGAUGUGGUGCUUAUUUAUAAACAUGUAAAAAUUACCAAAGUAACUACAAUUCUACUAAGUAAAGUUAUCAAUAGCAUCAUUUAUCAUGAAAAAUAAAUGAUUUUUUUGAAUUUUAAAAAUGAAAUCUGUAGAAGGUAUUAUAACUUUUGGAAUGCUUCAGUUCAAGUUAGGUAGUACUAAUGUAGAAGAUGGCAUUUCUACAAUGUAUGACACUGAAGUUACUUUUUAUAAAAAUAUAUUAGGAAAAUUCUUAAAAUUAUGUUAUUAUUUGGAAUAAAUUUGGUGCUUAUUUGAGAA